CUUCUUUUACUUUAUUUUUGCAGAACCUCUGUAUUUUCUCUCUUCUGCCCCUCACUCCCUCUCUCCCCCUUCUCUCUCUGUCUCUCUCUACCAGAUCCUAAGGAAGGCUGGGUCAAAUCAACCGAUUCGCAAAGGAAGGAUGGACUCCAAUUUCGGGACUUACCGUCGGUGUUAGCAUCGAGGUCGUCUCGUUGAGAUUUUGGGUGUCAAGCAGAAGGGUGCAAAUCUAGCAUUCUUUGUGCAAGAUUUUGACAAAGCCUAGAAAUCAAACAAACCUCUUGCCGCUCUUGUCCAAGAAAUCCAAAGAAGCUCAGAGUGAGAGAGGACAUAAGAGAGGUAAAAAAAAAAAACCAGUUUUUUCAAAGCUGGGUUUUGCAGCUUCGUGUUUUUGGUUUUUUUUUCCUCCCAAAACUAUGAAAAAAAACUGAAGUUGAAUGUUUACCAAACACGAAAAAGUUGGCUCCUAGCUUUUUUGAUACCCACUUUUUCAAAAGCAACUCAGUCCCAAAUCAUUACUAAGUGUCUCCAUAUAUUUACAUCAAUCACUGAAAUUAAGAUGAGCAGUCCUUCCUCACCAGCUUCAAUUCCAGGUCCUAAAAGGUUAGAAGGCAAAGUGGCAAUUAUCACCGGAGGUGCUAGUGGAAUUGGAGAGAGCACUGCAAGAUUGUUUGUGUUCCAUGGUGCAAAAGUCGUCAUAGCCGACGUCCAAGACGAACUAGCCCUGUCCCUCUGCAAAGAACUCGACCCAGACGGAGUUUCCAUUUCGUACAUACGUUGCGAUGUCACUGUCGAUUCGGAUGUGAAAAAUGUUGUAGACGUGGCUCUGUCGAAGUACGGAAGGCUUGACAUCAUGUACAACAAUGCAGGCAUAUCCGGCAAAUUGGACCCAACUAUUUUGGGUGCUGAUGGCGAAAACUUCAAGAAAGUGUUUGAUGUGAAUGUCUAUGGUGCUUUCUUGGGCGCCAAGCAUGCUGCUAGGGCAAUGAUCCCUGCUAAAAAAGGUGUCAUUCUUUUCACUUCAAGCGUGGCGUCAGUGACUUGCGGCCAGUCUACACACGCAUACGCCAUGUCGAAGCACGCGGUGGUGGGACUUAUGAAAAGCUUGUGCGUGGACUUGGGGCAGCACGGGAUUAGAGUCAAUUGCAUAUCUCCGGGUGCCAUGGCAACCCCGUUUCUGACGAAUCUUUUGGGGAUUGAAAGAAAUACGGUUGAGGAGAUGAUCUGCGCUUCGGCGGUGUUGAAAGGAGUGGUGCCGAGGGCAGAGGAUGUGGCGGAGGCUGCCGUGUACUUGGCGAGUGACGAGUCCAAAUUUGUGAAUGGACUGAACUUUCUUGUGGAUGGAGGUUAUAGCACCACUAAUCAGUCUCUUAGUAUGGUUUUGAGGAAUUUCAUGUCGUCAAACCAGAUUGGUCGCCUUGUGGCCGGAUUUUGUGCUUUUAGAAUAAGCUCCACAAUGGAUGCAGCCGACCAAGCAGAAAGCCCUCGACACAAGGUGGUGUGUAUGUUCAAACGCGGGCACUCAGCUGGACCUAAGCUCGGGAGCUUAGUUUUGCUCAUGCUAAUCCUCGUGCUUUGGGUUAUGCUCGUGCUUUCAGUCUCUCCAACAUUAUAAAUUUGGACAAAGAAAAAAGCGUAUAGUCAAAAUUCAAAUCUAAUAUGAAGAUUGAAGAAGGUAACUAGCUUUGAAUUCUACAAUUUGUUGAGUUCCUUCGACAUGGUUCUCUCAAGCGCCCUAAUAUAGUGUACUUGUUAUAUGUGUCGAUUACAAGUUCUUGAGCUCUACUUUUAGCUCAGUUUUAAGAACACCCAACAUGGUUUUUCAUUCAAGUAUUCAAGAACUCGAAAACAAAUUUAAGAAAUGUGAAUAUAUUGUAAAUCUGCACUACG